AUGAGGUGGUUAAUAUGGCUCUCUCAACACUUCCACCUCUUACUGCUCUUCUAUUCUCUUUCUACUUCUUCAUCAUCAUCAUCUUUUGCCUCUACUUUGAAACCACUGCGCUCCCAAGACCAGCAGUUAGCAUUACUCCAUUUUAAGCAAUUAUUUACCUUUUCAGAAUUUGCUUCUUAUGAUUGUGACCUUUUGGGUUAUCAGCAUUCUUAUCCAAAGAUGGAGUCUUGGAAAAAGGGCACUGAUUACUGCUCAUGGGAUGGGAUUACUUGUGAUAGGGUGAAGGGAAACCUGAUUGGCUUUGACCUCAGUUGUAGCUGGCUUCAAGGCACCAUCCCUCCCAAUAGUACCCUCUUUCUUCUCUCUCACUUGCAAUAUCUCAACCUUGCUUUCAAUGACUUUGAUUUUUCAUUGAUUUCAUCUGGGUUUGGUCAAUUUACUAGGUUGAGAUAUCUUAACCUUUCAGGUUGUGUGUUUUCUGGCCAAGUCCCACUUCGUUUAUUGCGCCUCUCCCUAUUGGCCUCACUAUAUCUCUCUCAAAAUCAUUUUGUUAGUCUCGAAACAUUUGUUGUUAGAAGGCUUGCUAAAAAUUUGAAGAUGCUAAGAGAACUUCAUCUUGAUUUGGUUGACAUGUCUUCUGUUUCACUUAGGUCUUUGAUGAAUUUUUCUUCUUCAUUGACAACACUUAGUCUCUUUAACUGUGAAUUGCAAGGGACAUUACCAGUUGAUAUUUUUCGCCUACCAAACCUACUUACGCUCACUUUAACAUCUAAUAUUGAACUCAGGGUUUUUUCCAUUGGUUCAAUUCCCUCAUCAAUUGGGGACCUCACGAAAGUUACUCAAAUUUUCCUCCGAUCUAACUACUUCACCGGUCAAAUUCCAUCACUUUCAGAGCUAAAGGAUCUCAAUCUUAUUGACCUAAGAUUCAACAACCUUAGAGAUAGAAUUCCUAAUUUUUUGACCAACCUCACAAGACUCACCAAAGUUUACUUGUCUUAUAACCAACUCACUAGUCAAAUUGAUGAAUUCCAAAAGCUUGAUAUUUCAUCAAAUGACUUGAGUGGCAUUGUGGAAUUUGAUUAG